AAAGGAAAAUCGAUAGAAUAAAUUAGACAUUUAUGUUAGAUACAAGGGUUAGGAAAAAAUUGAUGGGAUGGAUAAAAGAAUAGCUAUAAGUAGCUCUGACGCUUUAUUCUACUCUUAUACGAUUCUGCCGUUUUUGUUGAUUUAUACUUUAGGUAAAGAUAAUAAGUAUAAUAUAGCAAUAAAUAAAUUGGCAACCCGAAUAAAAGUGCUCAUGUAUUCCAGUAAUUAAAUUUUAAUAUCCUAAACAAAUCAUUUAAACCUUCGAUACACAGCAUAUAUACCUAAUAGGUACAUAUUCUACAAAGAUUUGAGACUCAAAAACUGUAAUGAGCUUUUAAUUACUGACAACAACACGUGAUAUAUACAGGUAAUUCGUUUUUUGUAGGCCUCAUUGUUUAUUGUUACACAUAGUUUAAGUCUAGACCCAGUAGUGAAAAAAGUGUUUUUAAGUUAAAAUUAAAUACAUAACAAUGUUUCCAAAACUGCUCACGAUACUUGCAUUCGUUUGUACUAGUAAAUCUCAAACGAAUGAAUACAAUUUUAUAUCAGAAUCACUACCACCUUGUGUAUGUGUCUCUCCCAAUCAAUGUGCAGAUAACGACUCACUAGUUACUGGUGAGGACAAAAUGGACAUUAGAAUCGAUAAACAGGAAUGUGCCAACUAUUUGGAAGUAUGCUGUGAAAAUCCCUUAGAGAUUCCUAGCUCGUUAAUCAAACCGAUGGUAUACAGGGGUUGCGGCUAUAAAACACCUGUUGAGUUUUCCCCCAGAAUAACAACAGAUUCGAAUCUUUCCCAAUUUGGAGAACUACCUUGGUCGGUGAUCAUCAUGAUGAGAGACGCAACUAGCCCAGAUCGAAAUAUUUACAGAUGUGGCGGUAGUCUUAUUCAUCCAGAAGUAGUAAUGACAGCAGCUCAUUGUGUAUUUGGCUUAGACCAUACGUUGUUGACCAUAAGAGUGGGGGAGUGGGAUACAAGAUCUCAGGAUGAACCAUUGCCUCAUCAAGAUACUACUGUAAGAGAGAUGGUAAUCAAUCCCCAUUUUAUUUUGAAAUCUCUAAGGAACGACAUUGCACUGUUGUUUCUUAAUGAACCAGUAACUUUAAGAGACAACGUAGGAAUCAUUUGCUUACCUCCUCAAAACUUUGCAAUGGAUAAUGUGAUGUGUACUGCUAGCGGUUGGGGGAAAGAUACUUUCAAGAGAGGCAGACAUUCAUCGAUUUUAAAGAAAGUAGAUCUCCCAUUAGUCAGCAGAGAAGCUUGUAUAACUUCUUUAACGAAAACCAGACUGGGCAGCUUCUAUAGACUACAUUUAAGCUUCAUUUGCGCCGGUGGUGAAGAGAACAAAGACACGUGUAAAGGAGAUGGAGGUAGUCCGUUAGUAUGUCCGAUCCCAAAUGAGCCUAACAGAUUUUUUCAGAUGGGUAUAGUAUCUUGGGGCAUUGGAUGCGGAGAGAAUGGAACCCCGGGAGUAUAUGUGAAUGUUCCAAUGUUCACCAACUGGAUAGAUAAAGAGUUAGCUAAAAGAAAUUUGGACCCUUCUACAUAUCGGUAUAAAUAAUUUAUUGUUGUACAUAUUUUUAAGUUCUAGUAUAUUUUUUGCCAGUGAAGUCCAAUGUACUCUAGUAAUUAAUGUAUGUAUGUUAAUAAAAAUU